AUGUGGAGCAGGAAGGACCAAUCAUGUCUCCCUAAACUUGGCUGUCAAAGGUUCUGCUUAAACAUUCCAUCACUACAGCUGCCCAAUAUAAUCACACCAUGCAGUUCAUGCUGCGGUGGAUGUGGAGGAGGUCGCAAGAAGAGGGCGGUGAAUGGCGAUGCCAAAUGCACGGAUCCAGAGCUGCGAAAGCUGAUUCUCGCCGGAAUGCGCAACGAAGUCGGUGAAUCACGCACCAACAUCGCUGAAGCAUUGAAGAAGAAGCAUGGAGAGACUCGAUACUUGGUCUCCUGCGUGCAAGGAGAGGCAGUAUUCCAGUCCUCAGCUGACGAGUUCUGCACCGAAGGUACACCUCAGCUGACGUGCCAUGUUGCACGAGCAAUCGAUGCCUAA